ACGGGGCUGAAAAGGGUCAUCGGAUUAGACUAGUUGUAUUGAAGACGCGCAAUGGUUGUUGUGGUUGGGAAGUCCACUCUGACUCCGGCGCCCUUUUUGGCCUUCCCAUGGAAAAGUUGUUCCGUUGUUGACGAGUUGCGUCGUAGGAAGCCAUGGUGCUGUAGCAGCACCAUCAGCCUCGCCGUCACUUUCUCUCUCUCAAAGUACUACCUGCUGUCUGCUCCUUCUCCAGGAUUAACUAGAGCAAUCCUCCAAGAAGACCAAGACCAAGACUACCACCUCCUCUCUCUACAAGCUAAAGAAUUGUCUUCUUCUUCUAAUUCUCAACUCUAUGUUUGCAAUCUGCCCAGAAACUAUGGCAUUUCUGAGCUUGUUGAAAUCUUUACACCUUAUGGUACUGUUCAGUCUGUUGAGGUUUCUAGGGAUGCUGAAACGGGUAUUAGUCGGGGAUGCGGUUAUGUCACCAUGAGCUCGAUCGCCGAGGCCAAUGCUGCAAUUGCUGCUCUUGAUGCCUCAGAUGUUGGCGGGCGUGAAAUGCGGGUGAGGUUUUCCACUCAAAUGACCAGGGGCAGUUCCCGUCAUAAUCUCGGGCCUGUCAAUUUGUCCACCCGACGGGAUUUCAUGUUUGAAAGCCCUUACAAGAUUUAUGUUGGCAAUCUAGCCUGGUCUGUUACACCUGCAGAUUUGAGAAACUUGUUUUCCCAGUUUGGGACUGUGGUUAGUGCUAGACUGCUCCACGAUCGUAAAACUGGAAAGACGCGUGUUUUUGGGUUUCUCUCCUUUUCCUCUGCUUCAGAGCGGGAGGCUGCUUUGUCCUUGGAUGGCAUAGAUUUCUGUAGUAGGAAACUACUGGUCAGAGAUGUUUUUUCAAAGAUUUCCUGAGUUUGCUCACCGCCACAUUUUUUUUCUGUUUCAAAUUCUCAAAGAUUUCUCAUCAGAGUUGCGAAUUUAGAAAUUGAUGAUAAUUUCCUUUAACAGACGGAGAUGGAAUUAAACAGGAGAUAGACCUGAUAUGUUGAGCUCUUCCAUAGUUGUUCUUUUACUGCUGUGGCUGCACCGCUGCAUGGUGUUAACCUAUCCAUAAUGCUUUUGCUUUCAUUAUACACAUUUUCAUAUUUAUGUUAAAAUCAUUUCCUUGCUGGUUCCCUGCUUCUAUAAUCCCUAUCAACAAAAGAUUUGUUAGAGUACCUGCAGAUUACGUUUUUGUUUUCUGUCUUGCCAGAGAAGUAUAAGUACUGAACUGUAUCUAAAUGGUCAAUGUCCUUCGUGUAACAGUGCUUCAUCUUCUCAUGCUUGUUCAGUUUCACUGAGUCAAUACCUAUAUUUUCUAGAUUCAUGAUCACGAUCCAAAUUUACCUAGUAUAUGCUGAAAAUUAUUGGA